GUCCCGCAGGUCCCAGAUGUUGCCGACAGUAUGAGGCGAGCGCAGGGGGACAGGGACCAGCAGCUGUCGCCGCCGCUCUCAGAGUGAAGAAAGAACAGAAAUCUUUGUUCCCUGACUUUGGAAACCUUGUUUAACCUUCAAACUGGCGAUGUCAAGGGUUCCAAGUCCUCCACCUCCGGCAGAAAUGUCGAGUGGCCCUGUAGCUGAGAGCUGGUGCUACACUCAGAUCAAGGUAGUGAAAUUCUCCUACAUGUGGACCAUUAAUAACUUUAGCUUUUGCCGGGAAGAAAUGGGUGAAGUCAUUAAAAGUUCAACCUUUUCAUCAGGAGCCAAUGAUAAACUGAAAUGGUGUUUGCGAGUAAACUCAAAAGGGCUAGAUGAAGAAAGCAAAGAUUACCUGUCACUUUACCUGUUACUGGUCAGCUGUCCAAAGAGUGAAGUUCGGGCAAAAUUCAAAUUCUCCAUCCUGAAUGCUAAGGGAGAAGAAACCAAAGCUAUGGAGAGUCAACGAGCUUAUAGGUUUGUGCAAGGCAAGGACUGGGGAUUCAAAAAAUUCAUCCGAAGAGAUUUUCUUUUGGAUGAGGCUAACGGGCUUCUCCCUGAUGACAAGCUUACCCUCUUUUGUGAGGUGAGUGUGGUACAAGAUUCCUUAAACAUUUCUGGCCAGAAUACCAUGAAUAUGGUGAAGGUUCCUGAAUGCUGGUUGGCAGAUGAAUUAGGAGGGCUGUGGGAGAAUUCCCGGUUCACAGACUGCUGCCUGUGUGUUGCUGGCCAAGAGUUCCAGGCUCACAGAGCUAUCUUAGCAGCACGUUCUCCAGUUUUUAGUGCCAUGUCUGAACAUGAAAUGGAGGAGAGCAAAAAGAAUCGGGUUGAAAUCAAUGACGUGGAGCCUGAAGUUUUUAAGGAGAUGAUGUGCUUCAUUUACACGGGGAAGGCUCCAAAUCUCGACAAAAUGGCUGAUGAUCUGCUGGCAGCUGCUGACAAGUAUGCCCUGGAGCGUUUGAAGGUCAUGUGUGAGGAUGCCCUCUGCAGUAACCUCUCUGUGGAGAAUGCCGCAGAAAUUCUCAUCCUGGCUGACCUCCACAGCGCAGAUCAGUUGAAAACUCAGGCAGUGGAUUUCAUCAACUAUCAUGCCUCAGAUGUAUUGGAGACCUCUGGAUGGAAGUCAGUGGUAGUGUCACAUCCCUACUUGGUGGCUGAAGCAUAUCGCUCUCUAGCUUCAGCACCGUGCCCUGUCCUGGGACCCCCCCCCCCCCGCGCAAACGCCUGAAGCAAUCCUAAGAUCCUGCCUUUUGCAGGACUCCGGAUUUUCCAGAAAUAGCAGCCCCUGUUGCUGCCACUGACCACCAGGUAGACAGCGCAAUCUGUGGAGCUUUACUCUGUUGUGGGGAAGAGACUGCAUCAUGGCCCCAGACUUUUGAAACAGCACUAAAUAACUUGGGGAAGCCGAGGGCGGGGGGUGAGGGAAAGGCCCAGGACUCGGGCUACUCAACCUAAUGAAAACCCUGUUGCUGCGUCACCCUGUUCCCUUUGGCUUGACCAAGUCUGACUCUGGGAUUCAGUUUAGGUGCUGGCCCUGAGCACAUCCCAGUCGUGGUACUUCGGAGAAACCUGCCUGCAUCUGACUGAGCAGAACAAAUUGUCAAGUGCCUGGAG